CCGACGCUGAGUGGGGUUCCCCUUUGACCUAGUCAGCCGAUUCUAUAAAUCACACUCAGCGGAGGCAAGACCUUCGAUACACAGUUUCGACUCCAGGGCAGGCCUCGCAGAUUUCCGCCGUGCCCUCCAGGGGCCUCUUACCCGGCCACAGGCUAUCGGCACCAACGCGCGAGCGGCGGCCAACGCAGAAAACUGCGGAACAAUCGUGAGCUUACGGUGGUCCGCUUCCCCUCAUGAGGGCUAUAGCCGCACCCAUCGAUGAGCAAAGGCCGGCCGAGUAAACGUCACCACAUUCAUGGGGGAGGAACAGGAGGAGGAGGAGAAGGAGGAGGAGGAGGAGGAGGAGGAAGGAAGGACGAAGGAAAGACAUAGCCAACAAAAAAUAAUACUGAGCAGAGACUUGCGCGUGGAUGGUCAAGUCAGUCUGGGCCGCACCUGGCGCCCACGUAGGCCGUGCAGCCACUGCCGCAGGCGGCGGACUCGCGCCGUGCCCACCCUCCCAGGCUGCAAAGCACUCCGCGGGGCCUCCGCCGCCCAGCGCUGCCGCAAGAUCCCGGCUGCCCGCAGAUGGCCUUUGGCGCCCUCCUUGACGGCCUGCGCCAGCGCCUGGAAUCUGUCCUCUUCCGUCCGCGCCCGGCGUGCCGAAGGGAGUUCGUGACCGAGUACACGGCGUAGAUGCCCAGGGCCACGCAGGCCAGGUCCUCUUCGGACUCCAGCGCCGGCGAGCAAAGCACCCACGCAUGCAUGCCAGAGAAAACCUGGGCAUUGAGGCGAAAUCGAGUCCCCAUCAGCCUCCGUACAACUCUGCAACGACUGUAAUGCAUGAUGCUGUCCUC